CGGCUGGCCGCUUAUCCAAUGCGCAGGCGCCGAGAGCACCGCGCAGAGCCGAGCCGAGGGUGGGGUCACGAACUCUGACCCCCCACCCCCAAAUACACAAACCUAGAAAGCUCCCCAGUACCCUUGGCCUCGGGGUCCCUCUCGAUUCAGAUCUCUCCAGCCCAGCGGCCGCCGCGGCGGGAGGGAUAUUUUGACAGUUAGGUCAUGGCGACCAUAGAAGAAAUUGCACACCAAAUUAUUGAACAACAGAUGGGUGAGAUUGUUACAGAUCAGCAGACGGGACAGAAAAUCCAGAUCGUGACAGCGCUUGACCAUAGCACACAGAGCAAGCAGUUCAUCCUGGCAGAUCAUGAGGGCUCCACCCCAGGAAAAGUUUUCCUCACAACUCCAGAUGCAGCAGGUGUCAAUCAGUUGUUUUUCACCACUCCUGAUCUGUCUGCAUCACACCUCCAGCUCUUAACAGAAAAUUCUCCUGACCAGGGACCAAAUAAGGUUUUUGAUCUUUGUGUAGUAUGCGGAGACAAAGCAUCAGGACGUCAUUAUGGAGCGAUAACUUGCGAAGGCUGCAAAGGAUUUUUUAAAAGAAGCAUCCGGAAAAACUUAGUAUAUUCAUGUCGAGGAUCGAAAGACUGCAUUAUUAACAAGCACCACCGGAACCGCUGCCAAUACUGCAGGCUGCAGCGGUGCAUCGCCUUUGGAAUGAAACAAGACUCUGUUCAGUGUGAGAGAAAACCCAUAGAAAUAUCCAGAGAAAAAUCUUCUAACUGUGCAGCUUCAACAGAAAAAAUCUACAUCCGCAAAGACCUACGAAGCCCUCUGGCCGCCAUGCCAACCUUUGUAACGGACAGCGAGACCGCCAGGUCAUCUGGACUGUUGGAUUCAGGAAUGUUCGUGAAUAUUCACCAGUCAGGAAUAAAAACAGAAUCAGAUAUGCUGAUGACACCAGAUAAGGCUGAAUCACACCAGGGAGACUUAAGCACACUGGCCAGUGUGGUCACGUCAUUAGCAAAUCUCGGCAAAGCCAAGGCCCUAUCUCCCAGUGGUAGCGAUAUGCCUGUAGUGGAGAGCUUGCGCAAUGGUGAUGCGCCCUUCUGUGCAUUUCAUCACGAUGGCCAGACCAAUAGUGAUGUCUCAAGGGCAUUUGACACUCUUGCCAAAGCGUUGCCUCCCGGAGAAAGCGCAGCCUCCUGUCAGAGCUCCAUAGAGGGCAUGGAAGGAAACAUGCAUCUAACUGCUGGCGAGUCGGGCUACAUGGAGAAAGAGGGGCCACUUCUCAGCGAGUCACAUGUAGUUUUCAGGCUCACCAUGCCUUCUCCUAUGCCCGAGUACCUGAAUGUGCACUACAUUGGGGAGUCGGCCUCCAGACUGCUGUUCUUGUCGAUGCACUGGGCACUUUCCAUCCCUUCUUUCCAGGCGCUAGGGCAAGAAAACAGCAUAUCAUUGGUAAAAGCGUAUUGGAAUGAACUCUUCACACUUGGUCUUGCUCAAUGCUGGCAAGUGAUGAAUGUAGCAACUAUAUUAGCUACAUUUGUCAAUUGUCUUCACAGUAGUCUUCAGCAAGAUAAAAUGUCACCAGAAAGGAGAAAGUCAUUGAUGGAGCACAUCUUCAAGUUGCAGGAGUUUUGUAACAGCAUGGUUAAGCUCUGCAUCGACGGAUACGAAUACGCCUACCUGAAGGCAAUAGUGCUCUUCAGUCCAGAUCACCCAGGCCUGGAGAAUAUGGAGCUGAUUGAGAAAUUCCAGGAAAAGGCUUAUGUGGAAUUCCAGGAUUAUAUCACAAGGACCUAUCCAGAGGACACCUACAGGCUGUCUAAAUUACUUCUCCGACUGCCGGCCUUGAGACUGAUGAGCGCCACCAUCACUGAAGAAUUGUUCUUCAAAGGUCUCAUUGGGAACGUACGGAUUGACAGUGUCAUCCCACAUAUCUUAAAAAUGGAGCCUGCAGAUUACAACUCUCAAAUAAUCGGUCACAGCCUUUGAAAGCUGAGGUCAUGUUGCUAUGAACUGAGUUUACUGUCCCUCCUUGGGACACAGGAAACCAAAUGGAACUGUUGCUUCCAGGGCACCUGCAAAUAUUAACUUUAAGAGUAACCAAAACUGAAAGUAUUUUUCUUUUGGAUUCCUUAGGAAGAAUUUAAAUGACCAGCCAGGGGUCGGGAAUCAGACUUCCCUGUCUGUCCUAUGGGGAUGAAUACGAAAUGGUAGGA